AAAUAGUUUGGUAUCGCUAGCAACAAUCCAAAUCCGAUGUCGUUAAGCGGAUUAAAAACCUGAUUAUUUAGCGGUGUUUUUUAAUAUAAUCUGUAAUGGCGUUCCUGUUGUAAAGAUUCCUGAUCUAUAGAUCAAGAUGGAUAUAGGGGAUUUAGAACCCCUCUCUGCACGAUCCACCUCAUCGGUUGAAGAUGGAUCUAGCAGUACCAGGAGCAAGAAAUCAAAGACCCUGGCACGACUCAGGAAAUUAAAGAAAUCUGACAGCUCAUCACGUGACUCUUUGAAGGAUGCUCUGUUACCUCAUCCACCUGAUAGUCAGUCAAAAGAUGACCUAACUGAUAGGAGGUUGUCCAAUGGCUUACUUGAUGGUGGCUCUGCCCUUCCUGAUGAUAUCAAGCAGUCAGCCAAGGUAGAAGGUGAGAGGAUCAUUGAUACCAUCACAAGGGACAGUCAGGGAAUGGCCACCAGCCUUGACCCACUGCGGCCCAAGCCAUCGGAUUGGGGAGAGAAGUCACCCUUGAAAUCCUCCCUCUUCCCAUCGCCUCUAGAUCCUGUUCACCCGGCGAGUCGAGGUUUAGGAGCUCUUGAACCCCUUGCUCCACGUGGAGUGCUGGAACCGCUGGAGAAACCGAAGAGAACGUUCAGUGUGAAGCCGGAAGAAAGCAUAGGUAGAGUUGGUAUUGGAACAAAUGGGGAUUCAAAGUAUGACACCAGUGAAAUCAAGGAAACGGUGAAUGAUGCACCUACACAGAGGGGAGAUGUGUUUAGGAUAGAUGGUGUUGUAGAGACGGAAACUAGUGAUUCACAGAAUUUCAGUGCAAUCGCAGACAAAAACUCUGUUCAGGAAAAUGAAUUUGGGAGUUUGUCAAGUGUAAAGAAUCACCUACCAUCUGAGCUAAAACAAAUGGAAGAUACCCUUUCAAAACCAAGUGAUGUUCUUGAGGAUGAUGAUGAUGCACUGGAUGUAUUGCCAGAUGAAGGGAAAUCAAACAAACUCAGAAGUGAUGUUUUAGUUUCUAGUGCAAUAAAAGACAGGACAGGAUUUAGUACUUCAUUUAGUAACUCAGCAAACAAACAUGCUUUAACUGGGGAGAACCAUGAAAGUAUUGUGAGUAGCAGACUGCAGGAUAAUGAUGCAUUUAAUAAAAUUGAGGAACAUCCGGUGAAGCCAAAGACGACUGUCACUUUAAUUGAAGAGGAUGAUGAUGAAAGUGAUGAUGAGUUAAUCGUUGUCAGUCCACUGGUGCCCUUGUCCAAACCUCGAACAGACAGUGUUCCUCCAAGAAUUGAAGGAAAUUUGAUGGGUGAUCAUUUAGAGGAAAGUGAGGGAGAAGUUGAGUUGCCAAAUAGAACGGUUCCUGAUCAGAGUGACGGCAAUGAAGACAUAGAUGAUGAUAAAGAAGAUGAAGAAAACCUGAAGCAAUAUCUAAAAGACAAAUUACAGCACAUAGAGGAUAGUGAGGACAGUGAUGCCCUUGUUGCGAGUCCAAGCAAUUCCUCGAGGGCGGGACGUCUCUCCCCUAUAACCAAUGCCAGUGUUCCUCCUCCACUUCCUAACACCAUCAUGUCUCCUUCCUUGAGGACCAGUUACAAGAGGGAUAAUGAUCUUGAGGAUAGUUUCGGAAACUCAGAGAUAUCCGAUGCAGUUCUUAGCAGUGGGUCCAUAUCUGAAACCAACAGGUCUAUGGCAUCCAGCUCCCUGCUACUGAACACGCUCACCAAUAAGGGGGCAAGAAGUGGAAACAUGAGUUAUCUGAGUGGAGGGGUGCGCAAUUCAGGGUCCCUGGUUGGCAAGGAUGAACUGGAUUCCCAUCUUCCAGAGCGAAGACUGCGUAUCUUUGUUGCAACCUGGAACAUGCACGAAGACAAGGAAAUACCUGAGAAUCUUGAUGAUCUGCUUCUCCCUGAAGACAUUGAGUACAUGCAGGAUGUCUAUGUCAUUGGCACGCAAGAAUCUUCUCCUGAUAUAGCCGAGUGGGAGAUACGUCUACAAGAAACCCUUGGGCCAUCACACGUUCUACUCCACUCGGCAGCGCAUGGUGUCCUUCAUUGUUUGGUGUUCAUAAGGAGAGAUCUCAUCUGGUUCUGCUCGCCUGUGGAAGAAUCCAGAGUAUCCACUCGACCAGGAUCGAUGAUUAAAACAAAGGGUGCAAUAGCUGUCAGUUUCAACUUCUUUGGGACUUCCUUUAUCUUCAUUGUUUCUCACUUUACCUCUGGAGAUGAGAAUAUGAAGGAGAGACUGUUAGAUUAUGAGAAGAUCCUGAAAGGCAUCAGUCUACCAGAGAAAGUCCCACCAACCAGGAAGUUUAAUAUACUUACAAGUGAUGUGACGACCCGCUUUGACUACGUGUUCUGGUGUGGAGACUUCAACUUCCGGUUGGCUGAGAACAAGGCUCGGGUUGAGGGCUGGAUUGAUCAACUGAAAAGAGGCAAUAAAAACGACUAUGAUAUCCUACUGCAACACGAUCAACUCAAUAAAGCAAUGCAAAGAAAUGAGAUAUUUCAGGGCUUCCAUGAGGGUAAAAUCAACUUUCUGCCAACGUACAAAUUUGAUAUUGGAGAAGAUAUAUAUGACACAUCAACUAAAGCCAGGGUACCAUCCUAUACUGAUCGGGUAUUGUAUAAGAGUCGCAGGGUAACCGACAUCUCAUUAAUUCACUACAGCAGUUGUGAAGAAAUCAAGACAUCAGAUCAUCGGCCGGUCUAUGGUGUCUUUGAGGCUGGAAUCAGACCUGGAAAAGAAAACUCAGUCAUGGGAGGUGGAAUGUUUGUCCGUGAGGUCUACAUAGAAGGUAUCAAGAGGCGAGUGGCGAAGUCUGGAAUGUCGAAAAGGACACAGGCAGGGAGUUCUGUCUGCUCCGUCAUGUGAUCAUGAGGUAUCUAUCAGGUGACUGCUUGUCAUGUGACAUAUGUGUGUAGGUAUCAA